AUGUCCACUUCAGACACAACCAUUCCCAACGGCUCCUGGGUUCUUGUAACCGGCGCCACCGGAUUCCUCGCCUCCCACGUCACCCUCCAGUUCCUGAAGCGUGGAUUCCGAGUCCGGGGUGCCGUUCGGCACCCAAAUAGAGCGUCAUGGCUUCUUGAAGGCCUUUUCAAAUCCUACGCAGAAGGCGGUGCCCUCGAGCUAGUAGCCGUACCCAAUCUCGGGGCUGAUGGCGCCUACGACGAGGCCAUUAAGGGCGUUGCGGCUAUUUUGCAUGUCGCCUAUGUGACGAAGAUUGUCCCUGACCCCAACGAAGUGAUUACCCCAUCAGUAAACGCCGUCAGGUCUAUCAUGAACGCAGCCAUGAAAGAAACAUCCGUGAAAAGGAUUGUGUUUACCGGCAGCGCCGUGUCCGCUUCAUCUCUAGCUCAGGGCAUCGACAACGGCACUGUAACACGCGACUCGUGGAACAACGCCGCCCUCGAGGCUGCCUGGGCCCCGCCUCCUUAUGGAUUAUCGCACGCAAUGGCUAAUUAUCCCGCUAGCAAACUUGCUGCUGAGAAAGAAGUGUGGAAGUUGGUGGAGGAGAAUGAUCUUCCUUUCACAGUCAACGUUGUGUCCCCUGCGGGAUUGACCGGAGAACCCCUUAACAAGGCUCACAUUAAGGGACCAGCCAACUGGGUUGUCCACGCCUUUAGAGGCAACAAGCAGUUCAUGGAUCCAAUGCUUGCCACCUUUUACGGUGAUGUGAAGGACGUGGCAGCGAUACAUGUUGCAGCGGUUCUGGACCCCGACACCAAGAAUGCGCGACUGCAGAGUUGGGGACACAGUGCUCACUGGAACGAUAUUCUGGCUAUUCUCCGCAAGAUUCGCCCACAGAAACAAUUCAUUGAUGACUACCCCAACCCUCAGCAUCUGAAGAUAUCGGUGGACCAGUCGGCCUCCAUCGCUCUCCUGAAGAAGUGGUCCGGCAAGGAUGGAUGGACGCCGUUGGAGGACAGCGUUAUUGACAAUAUCAAUAACCAGUACUUGAUUGAUUAG